GGAAAUAACUUCACCCAUUUUUUUUACGCAAGGAUUUUUUGGGGACGCUUAAUCGACUUGCGUUUUCACAGGGGGGAGACCAAAAAAAGUUCUGCCCCCUGACUAUGGACAUGGAGAUGUCGAAUGGCUAUACUGCAAGUAACGGCGACUGCUCUUCCAGGAAGGAGAACUCGAGAAUGCUGGUGGACCUGUCGACCAACACACCCAAUGGACAGCAUUCCCAAAGUCCAGAUUUUCCACCUGCACAUCAAAUCAAACAAGAGGAAGGUACUGAGGAGGAGACGGAGAGACGGCCCAGUGGUCCAGAUGAGACAGGUCACAGUGGUGAGGAAGGAUCUGGAUUGGAGGAGCCCAUGAUUGACAGCCCAAACAACCUAGAAGACGCAGGGCCAGGAUCAGAAGCACAAAGUGAAGCAGGGAUAAGGCUGCCAAAUGGUAAAUAUAAUGGUGACAGGCCAUUCCAGUGUAACCAGUGUGGAGUGACAUUUACUCAGAAGGGCAACCUGCUGCGACACAUCAAACUCCACACGGGAGAGAAGCCCUUCAAAUGCCCGUUCUGCAGCUACGCAUGCCGUCGCCGUGACGCCCUGACCGGACAUCUGCGCACACACUCAGUUGGUAAACCACACAAGUGUAACUACUGUGGGCGGAGCUACAAACAGCGCACGUCAUUGGAGGAGCACAAAGAACGGUGUCAUAAUUACUUGCAGAGUGUCGGCAUGGACUCCGCCUCCAAUUCUGGCCCAUAUCCAGGGGAGGUCCUAAAAGAGCAGAGGUCCCUGGAUUCAGCCAGCUUGACAGCUUUCGACCGGCCGCCUGUAAUAGAAAGACUGCAGGGGAAUGUGGGUAAACGGAAGAGCACCACGCCACAGAAGUUUGUGGGUGAGAAAAUGGUUCACUAUCCGUACCCUGAGCUGAACUAUGAGAUGGGUCUAAAGUUUGAGAAGGAAGCUGAAAUGAUGCAGGCUCAAAUGAUGGAUCAUGCCAUUAGUAAUGCCAUCAACUACCUGGGAUCUGACUCUCUAAGGCCUGUGGUCCAUCACUCAUCCCUAUCCAUGGCUGAGGUGGUACCUAUGGUGAACCCUCUCUUCCAUCCAGUCUACCCGCUUGGCCCGCGCAUGGAUCGGCCAAGCAGUCGCGAAGCUCCUCUGACCCACACUAACCCUGAGUUCCCACACCCAACCAAUGGAGCAAUCUCAUUGGUCAGACCCAAGAAUCCUCAAUCAGGGCGAGACAGGUCACCUUGCAACAGUGGACAGGAUUCAGCCGAUUCGGCACGGAGCAGCCCCCGGGACAAGCUCAGUAUCAGCAGCGCCGGGCCCAGAUCUAGAUCUAGUUCGGGUUUUGGCCGGGCAGAGGAAGGCAGGGCAAUCGAUGCGGUGCGUAUUGGCAUUGGGGAUGGGGUCCGCGUCUUCAGCCGUGGGGGUCAGGAGCUGAGGGUGUUCCAGUGCGAGCACUGCCGUGUUCUUUUCCUGGACCACGUCAUGUACACCAUCCACAUGGGAUGCCACGGUUACAGAGACCCACUAGAGUGCAACAUCUGUGGCCACUGCAGCAAAGAUCGCUACGAGUUCUCCUCACAUAUCGUCCGCGGGGAGCAUACUUUUCGUUAAGAGCCCCAGACUCCCUUGCCUUCAGCCAUACACUGCAAAAAAAAAAA